AUGGGCGAGGAGGAGCUGCGCAGGUGCAUCUUGAUGGGAAACCUGCGGGAGCACUACAGUCAGGCGGCGGCGACGGAAAUCAAUAAAUAUGUAGGAGAUUUUAUGGCGUAUUUAAACAACUUUGGCACCAUUCGUUCCUCGUUUUCUAUGAAGGACAACCAGACGCUUCUUGUGCUCCAAUGCCCGCUUUUUGUCACGCCUCCGCAGAGCGGGGACACUGGAGACCAACGCAGCAAUAAGGAGUUGCCUCCUUUGUUGGUUGAGGUCUAUUUUCCUCUAAUGUUUCCAUCUGUUCCCCCGUGUUGUAGUGUCGUGGCCGAAAAAUACAGGCAUAAAGGCGUUGAAAAGUGGUCUAUACGCCAGCCCUCGCGAGUUGUGGCCUCCAAUGGUUCAGUAUAUUUAUCUGAGCUUUCUUUGCUAAGCGGUGCCACCCCACCCUAUUCAUUGCUGGAGAUCCUUUUGGCGCUGACAGAGCAGUUUGAACUAGAAUUUCCCCUUAUUUCGGCACACCAUGAGGCGAGGGACGGCGUGAAUAAUUCUACUCAUGACCAUCGUGCUAGGUUAACGAAUAUGUCAAAUGAACAUCGAAAUGCUCUAGAGAAAAAAGCAGCUGAAGCAUUAAUGCUGCAUCUACUUUCAAAGGCAGAAGGAUAUCUGGACACGCGGGAGCAAUCCCUCACCCGAAUUGCGCGUCUAUAUAAAUGUGGUGGAGCUGUGCGAGAGGCCCGUGGACUUCUUGAGGAGAAGAGGUCUGAACUGCUUCCAUAUUCACUCGAAGUGGAGAAGGUGGAAAAACUCGUUGAAAAAUUUACUCAACUUUCAGAUAACUUGGAGGUUCAUUCCACGUGCAUAGUGCCUGUGGAUGAUCUACAAGCACGUGCGCUUGAACUUCUCAGUGAAAUUCACGCCCUCGAUGAUGUUUUAGAGCUGCUUGAGAGAUCCCUCAAGGCUGGGCAGCUGUCUUGUGAGGAGUAUGUGCGGCGUGUUUCUGACAUUGGACGGAAACAGUUUGAGGCACGGUUUCUGUUUGCUCGUGUGGCUGAAGCUGUGAAUCGUGUUCGUGCCAAGACAGGUCAACAGUUGCCAAUUACUCUUCCACGCGCCACCUCGAAGCCAGCUGUUAACGACGGGUUCAUUCAAGUGCCGACGAAGUUGAACAAUGUGGAUUUGUUGCUUAGGGAAUUUCCGGAGGUAGGCUCGGAGAUGGUGAAGGCGGUGCUCAACGUUGUGGACGGAAGCGUCUCGGAUGCCCGCGUUCAGCUGAGGGCAAUGCUGUCGUAG